AUGGAGCAGGGAAGCUGCUGUGCAGAGGACCCCGGGCCUGGGUCUGUCAGGGUGAAGACCAGGCCAUGCCAUGGGGGCUGGAGGGCCCUGGGCCUGCUGCUGCUGUUGCUGGCAUUGGCCACUGCUGGGGCUGUGACUGGAGGGCUUCUUGGCUUCUCUCACAGCCCUCCCAAGCCACUGCUGCAGAUGUUCCAUCUGACCCACCCGAGCUCCAGGGUAUACCGGUCCAACCAAACUGUGCAAGUGGACGUGGCCCAGAAUGUGGCAACCAUCAGGGUAACCCCGGCUCAGAGCAACCGCAGCUGGGCAGUGCUGUUCGAUGGGCAGAGCGGCUGUGUCUGUUACCGCCCUGCGGAGCACCGGGCCUGCUUCCUCCACCUGAUGGAACCCAGAGAUCGCAAGACCCUGCAGCUCCUGGUGAACACCUCAAGGGCCCAGGGGUCUCACAGCCCAACCCAGGACACCUACUAUGCCCAGGAGCUGCUGGCAGUUCUCGGGAGCCGUGAGGUGGACCCUGCCCAGCCUUGGGACACGUAA